AAUAGUGGGAGUCGAUUCCACUUCGAUCAGAUUGAACGGGAACAGACCGGAAUUGGCUGAAUUCGGCUGAAAACCUCCCUGGUGGCAAAGUGGUUUUAUCCUUCCCUAUAACACAAUUGCAGACCCGAGUGGCUAUAAAGAGGAGUGGAGCUGCUUUGUGCACUGUGCACAAGGAAUUCAAGCUGUCUUCAACCCACACUUGUGAGUAUACAUUUCCAACUGACUUCAGCCUUUGCUUUUAGAAGGUUCAAUUGAUGGGACUGACAGGACAAUGACCUCCACCCCAGGGACCAGCUACACCUUGAUUCCGAAUCAGAAAUACAGGCGCAGCACCCGUCGCUCCAGUCAGCGCUGCAACCCCUCGGACACACACUCCCAAUCUCUGUCAACACUUGGGUAUUUUCAAACACUUCCACUAGAGAUCUUUCAAAUGAUAUUGAAUUAUCUUUCAGUGAAGGAUAUCAGCAUGCUGAGCAUGGUGUCGAAAACCAUCAGCAACCACCUUAUGAAUUACAUCUCAACCUCAGCAGGAAACCAAAGGCUCUUACUGCGAGACUUCCAUAACCUUGAGCUACCUGGCAAGGGAGAAGGAUCCUAUAUUUUAGAGCACUACAGAUCUCUAGGAUUGUUGCUUAAAAGAUGCACGCUUCUCCUGCCUACUAAAGAGAGGCUGAAGUACAUCCACAAGGUUCUCUCAGGAGUGUCCUGUUUCAAACUUAAUGGUUGUCCAAGUCCUCUGCAUUGUUUGGGAUUACAGUGUUAUGGGGUAUUUUUACAGAUCCUAACAGCAGGCUGGGAUGAACUGGAGUGUCACCGGGUUUUUAACUUCCUCUGGGAGCUGAGCAAUUUAGCCCGUAAAGUACAGACAGUUGUGAGCAGCAAACCAGGAAGUGCCCAGAAGCUGGAGCUGAGGAUCAGGUUGUACUGCCGCAGCGUCUUGUUGAACCACUGGGUUCAUCGCAGCGACUCCGCGUUCUGGCUGACCCGCAUUUUGAAGCCAUGGCCCAUGGUUAACCAAGCUCGCCUGCUGUACAUCAUCUUUGGGCCAGUGUCCUCUCUUGAUGGACACGUGGUUUGGAAGAAAAUGAUACAAGGACCAACAGAUGAAGCCAGCCUGAAAGGUCUAGCAGAGGCCAUUAAACUGCUCUAUGAUGCAGAAGCUAGAGAAUGGACAACAGACGAUGUCAUCAGUCUUGUGGAUGAGCUGUCAGUGGUUCCCAGGGAGUGGCUCAUGGAGAACAAUGCUCGGCUGCUCAUUCUGAGUGGAAACAACAUCUGCUUCACGUUCAUGGCCAGUAAAGCUGUGAACGGGCGAGUGGCUGAGUUAGCCAGGCUCGUGGUGUUCCUGGCCUUGGUCUGUGAGAAGGACCUGUACUGCAUGGACUGGGCAGUAAAAAUGAUGCAGAAGGUCUGCAACGUUUUCAGCACUCCAGGGGAGAGAAACUACUUUCUACAGUGUCUGGAGAAUGCCUUUGCUCACCUCAUCAUGGACAUGCUCCAGGCAGUGCUGUCUGGGGAUCGUGAUGAAGAGGACAGCAGCUUCUUGAACUUGUUUCACCUUGUCAACGCACAAGCGAACUUCCAUAAGGAAUUCCUAUGCCUGAGCCUGGUCAGCCCCAGCAGCAGCACUGCCUGACGCUCCGGGUGUGCCGGACUCUGCUCAAAUCCUGCUGGGGUUUUCCAAAGCUUUUUUUUUUCCUAAGCAUUUUUUUCAAAGCAAUGUC